AUGUCACCACCGCCAAAAAGAUUGAGACGCUUUAAAGAACCACCGCGUAGGAAAUUAGAAGAGGCAGAGAAUAAGGUCGCGGCAGUACAAAGCGCGUUUGUCCAGUCUUCGCCGCCUGACCUUCAUAAAAACCACACCCGUGUCCGUCCUUCAAGACAAAAAUCGAAGAUCAGAGCCAGUCAACACCCAGCCCAAGCUAGUACCGUCAUAUCUCCGUUAAGAGCGACUUCUCACAGCUACCAUACCCAUGCACAAACCGAUCAAGACUAUGAAAAAAUUGGUAGCAGCAGUCCUGAAAGGGCAAAGACCAAAGGUUUUCUUAGCAAAAACAUAAAAAAGGAAGUCAACUUGAAAUCAAUCACCACCGAGCUCGAUUUCCCAAAAUCUAAUUCCUGUAACCGUCAAUCUACAACAGGCGACUUUAGUAAGCAAGCGCUUAAAGAAGCUUCAAUCGAUAACUUGGACCUAAUUUCGGACUGGGAUGAAGACGAUUUGGAGUUCACUAUACCGUCUUUAGGCGUUGACAACAUGAAAACUAAGAAGCACAUAUGUUUCAAAGAAUUACAGAGUUUCCAGCAAAAAGGAAAUAAUCUUAGUGGAAGUCAGAAAUUUCUUCCGAAACAAAUACCAUCCGAUCGAUCAUCAAGUGAUGAUACUCGCCCAUGGGCCGAAAAAUUUGCUCCAGCCAACCUUGAAGAGCUAGCGGUACAUAAACGGAAAGUUGCAAACAUAAAAUCGUGGCUUGAAGACGUCAUCAGUGGUAGAAAAAGAAAAAUAAUAUUGCUACUAAAAGGUGCUGCCGGUAUUAGAAUGGCGAAAUCCCAUCGGCUCCAUCUCUUCAUCCAAUGGACUGUUAUAUAUGUCUGCCCAGUUUGA